AUGUUGGUGGUGGUGACACGGGCUCUGUGGGAGCUGGUGGUGCCCCGGCUGUUUGUGAUGAGUCUGCCGACGGCGGCCUUGUUCCUGGCCCUGCUGGUGGCCGUCAAGGCGGUCAGCGUGUACCAGUGGCGCCUGAGCCUCCUGCCGCCUGGCCCGAGCGGCGUCCCGAUCCUGGGCUACCUGCCCUACCUCACGCGCAACAUCCACCUGCAGCUGACGGACCUGGCCCGCCAGUUCGGCUCCGUCUACAAGCUGUACUUUGGACGCCAUCUGGUCGUCGUCCUGGCCGACGCCAAGGUCAUCCGACAAGCCUUUCGCCAAGAAGCCUUCUCGGGACGACCCAACACCCAGUUCACCAAGCUGCUGGACGGAUACGGAGACAUGUCUCGUGGUGAUGGUCGUCCCCGGGCCGCCGCCGCCGCCGCCGUUGACAUGGUCGACGUGGUGGCGGUGGUUGUGGUGCUGGCGGCAUAA